AACUCGCACGAUAAACUCCAGCAAGUGCUUCAGUUCCACCACCGACGGCGGUGCCGAGUUUACCACCACCAUAAUGGCAGCAGCAGUGGGCAAGCGCUUCCCAGUUCUCCCCCUGACCCCGUCUGGGAGACGGUAACACCCUCUCAGCACCCGCUUGCCUUGAACGGUUCGCUGCUGGUUGGCACCUAUACGGCCGCGCAGCUACUGAGGUGGCAACAGGAGCGACAACUGGAGUCACUACUGGCGUCGUCCGCGAGGGGCAAGCGCGUAGGAGCAGCGAAUUUUCUUUAUGGGCGACACCGAAUUCCCGGGCCGGUACCGCCCGCACACGCAGACAAACUUUUUCUUCGCGGUGCCCGCAGCACUAUGGAUACAGCACCGUGCCGUACAAGUACGUGUCGCGACUGUGGCUGACGCUAAGGCAGGCCGCAGAGCUGUUCGGCACACACCUGUUUCCUGAACGCGCCAACGGCAACCCGGUCCUGUACUGCAAUCACUUUACUGUUGGUGUGGGGGCUACCGCCUUCUACUGCGCCGAUCAGUUUGCCGGCAGCGACGCCGUGUUUCCCAGCGCGCGGCCGCUCAAUAUUGUGGUGAAAUGUGCGAGUUUGGCUUCCACGAACCUGCGUGGAUUCCCGCUGCUUGCCCGGUGCAUCAGGGAGGAGAUGACCAAUGGCACAGGCGGGGUGACAGACCUGGCACCGAUCAGGCCGCAUGCAAUGCCGGCCGACACGCGGCGUUGCUCCAGCACAGUCAGCGAUGUGCGGCCAUCCGACUGCAUAUGACUGUUGGAAUGCGAGGGCAGAGAAGGAGUACCUGAAAAGAGUCAAUCUCGCACCCACCCUCGCGCGGAGGUGUCUUCUGUGCGACUACCCCGGAUCCCUCUCCUUCUUGCACCGCACGUUUCUCUCCUUCAAUCUAGCCCUCCAUGAAGGCGAGCAGGGCGUUGCUCAAGAACGGAUGCCAGUUCGCGCGAAUGUGCACUUAAGAUGGUUCAACGGCGAAUGCUGGUUCAAUGUGUCGCAGCUGCGCGAGUCAGCUGUGAGGCAGGUGCUGAUGGACAACCCACCACGGCACUUUCUUACUCGUCAGUAUCUUCAUGGAGUUGUCGCUGUCAACUGCUGCCGUGCUCAACCCACACGGCGAUAUGAAACAGGGGCAGCAGUGAUUUCACUAAGGUCGCCAGCGUCUUCCCCCCUCACGCAGUGCGGCUUUAAAGCAGAAUGGGUGCCCGCUUACAUUCUAGCAACUAGCGAAGUGAAGGCUUCGGGAAAGCGCUCACAGCGUACCAUAUGCUGCGCCCCCUGCCGGCGCCACGCUCAGACGCUUUGUCCUCGGCGGCAACUUCCUCUUGUCCAUGGCAGACGCUAGCCUGCACAAGGCUGCGAAGGAGUAGCUGCGGCGCUACACCCCUGUCAGCGAGGCGGGGUACCCUUUCCUGCGCGGCCUGCUGCAGGCGAUGACGCUGCGCGUCUUCGAGCGGGGGCACCAGGCCCACAAGUAGCUGAUCCACCGCGUGAACAAGGGCGGGUCAUUUUUUGCCACCCCUGCUGACUUUACGGCAAUCGUGCGGGCCUGAUGUGUGAGUCUGCAUUUCAGCAGUUACUCGCGAUAUCUGUGCUUGUGGUGGCACCCUUUGUGCGAAUGGCCCACUUUGAGUUUGUUAAUGCGGAGGGGGGCGCCGCCGAUGCACAGAACGGAUGCGUACAAGUGCGCCGCAGUGCACGAAAGCGAUGACGGAAAGCCUGACGUACCGCUCCUUCAGAUGAGCAACGACGCGCGCUUUCAAGUGGAAUCAGGGAAAGAGGUGCAGGCGGAAUCCCUGCUGCAACGUUCUGUGAGGAGGACGGACGAUGCGGCAGCCUUGGGCAAUACUGCAGCCUUCGACAGGUUCGACGUCGCUGCCGUAGACGAUUGGGGUAACAUGAACGAGGGAUGGACAGGCGGCGACCCGUCCCCAUCUGUGUACGUUGAAUAAAAGAGCACCACAUGACAGGCGCACAUACCGUUGCGCUACUUCAGCUGGGUAAGAUGUUGUAG